AUGCGUAUAAUUAUGCAAGUGGUUUUAAUUAUUCUUAUCGUUUCGAUGGGAUCAGUUAAAUGCAAGAAAUCGAAACAAGUGCAAGUAAAAUUUAUCACAAUUUCGGUUAUUCCUAAUCCUAAAUAUGUGGAUUCUUGUGAAGCUGGUAUUACACCUGGAUCGAAUGGUCUAACUGGUGACUUAAAAGCCCACUUAGCAACUGAUAUAACAAAAGAUCUUAGCGUUGAAUUGCGAUUUUUUAUGAAAAACAAACAAGAAACUGAAUACAAGAAAUUUUUCACUUAUGAUUUUGAACUGUGCAAACUUAUGGAAGGAUUUAUGAGUCAAACUGUUGCAAGAUUAUGGGCGCAAAGUUUGAAAAAAUUUAGUAAUUUCCCAAUUACAUGUCCAAUUAUGCAAGGUGACUAUUACAUCAAAAAAAUGAAAAUUGAUAGAAAAAGUAUACCAAUGGUUGCCAUUAAUGGAAUUUAUAUGGUAAAAGUUUUUAUGUAUAUAAAAAAGGAGCUAGUAAGAGAUGCCGUUGCAAAUGCUACUUUGGAAGCAGAGGUGACACUUUGA